AUGCCAACUGGAGGACGAUAUCGUUCGCUCUCAGGAGCGCUGGUCGAGGCGGAGAAGAGAAGGGACUCUUACGAAUCCGAAGACGAUGUGCCAGACCUCGUAAUGGCCGAGCAGGGCUUACUAGGUCAACCAUCGAAAACAUCCUUCGCAUAUCAUCUACCGCGGCGGCGCUUCUCUCGCUACUUCACCCUUGCCAUCACCACGAUCAUAGGACUGUUCAUUCUGUAUCUGGUGCAAUCGAGUUGGACGGAGCAAGCAGAGCUGAAGCUGGGGUUGAAGAAGCCUCCGCCGCCUCCUCCAGCAUGGGAGCAGUUUCCUUUCCUUACACGAUACCACGGUGGUAUAAGAACAUUAGUAGACAGGGCGCAGAACAAGCCAGAGUACCCUUAUAGUGCCGAAGAGGCGGAGCUGAAGGCACUGCAGGAUGCGGCCAUGGCGCAGAAGAAGCAGGAGGACGAUGUCAAGGCUGAUGAUGGUGGAUUUCAGAAGAGACAGGAAGAAGCGAGCGAGUUUGUGAAGAGGAGAACGAGAUUCGAGGUCAAGCAGCGCUUUCCGAGCGACGUUUAUGAGCCGGUGGUGAAGUGCUAUCUGGAUAACAAGACGAAGGUGGAGGUGCCUUCACUACUUGCGUACCAGGGCGUCACUGAAGGAUUUCCGGAUCCAGCGAUGGGCUCACACAAGCUACUAGGCAUACGCAACGAUGUGUGCUUUGAGCGUCAUGGUCGAUUGGCGCCUUAUGGGUUUGGCUACAGCCGAAAGUAUGGUGGUAGCGGAGCAGGCGACGAGGGCGAGAAGGAGGGUGCCGAAGAGGUCUGGGGUGAGCAGCUGGAGAUUGACUACAGGACGAUCUCUUGGGCGAAGGCGCAAGAGGAUUGUGCGGCGGCGAACGCGCAUCGUUUCAAGCCUCCACCGAAGCAGCUCAAUCACUUCUUCACCUCGAUGGGAAUUGGUGGACCUGAAAAGGAGCUCCCGAGCAAGAGUAUCUCUGAAGGUAAAGAAGGGCCGCAUGGGAAGAAGCUGGUGCCAAGGACCGCGAUCAUCAUCAGGACGUGGUGGGACUACAAUUACGACGCCGAGGACAUGCUCUACUUGCGCGCAUUGGUCAACGAAUUGGCUCUGCACUCGGGCACGGAAUACGUGGUACACUUUCUGGUCCACGUCAAAGAUGACAACAAGCAGAUCUGGGCUGAUGAAGAGACGUACAAUCGCGUGCUAGCCAAUUCCUUGCCAGAGGAAUUCCGUGGCAUGGGUACACUGUGGUCAGAACGACAGAUGGGUCUCAUUUAUGGUGGUGUGGCGGAGAGCUUCUACCGCGACUUGCCAGUGCAUGGCGCGUACCGAAGCACUUACCUACCGGUCCAAUACUUUGCGCAUAUGCAUCCCGAGUACGACUUCUUUUGGCAUUGGGAGAUGGACAUCAGGUAUACAGGCCACUUCUAUCACCUGUUCUCGCAAAUCAGCGAGUGGGCAAAGCAGCAACCUCGCAAAGGGCUAUGGGAGCGCAACGGCCGCUUCUAUGUCCCAUCUGAGCACGGUAGCUGGGAAGACUUCAGACAGAUGGUACGUGUGCAGACUGAGCAUGGUACUGCGCAGAAGAGCAGCAUAUAUAACAAGCUCUCGCAAGAUGCAGGCUCAAAGCAUCCUCUCGACGAAGAAAGUCGGCGACCAGAGAAGCCAGUCUGGGGCCCUUUGGGUCCCACAGGCCAAGGCGACACCACAGCAGAUCCUGACAACGAUCCAAUACCGCCAACGACAUAUGACAGAGACAACUACGAGUGGGGUGUGGGCGAAGAAGCAGACUUCAUCACCUUCAACCCACUGUUCGACCCACAUAACACGAACUGGAUACUGGCAGAAGAUGUCACAGGCUACAACACCAGCGCCGGCUUCCCUCCACGUCGAACAGCCAUCAUCACCGCUUCUCGACUCAGCCGCAGACUCCUGGAGACCAUGCACCGCGAGACGGCACUAGCACGACACACCAUGUUCUCCGAAAUGUGGCCGGGCUCCUGCGCCCUGCACCACGGCUACAAAGCCGUCUACGCCCCGCAUCCCGUCUACAUCGACCGCGCCUGGCCGACCUCCUACCUCACAGCCAUCUUCAAUAACGGCCUCAAUGGUGCCGCAGGCGGCUCGAGGACGAGCGUCUUUAGUGACGAGCGACAGCAUAAUUUCAGGGGUACGACGUGGUAUUACGAUGCUGGAUUCUCGCCUAACCUGUGGAAGAGGUGGUUGGGGUAUAAAGUCGACAAUGAUGGAGGUGAGCAGGAGGAGAAGGCUGGGGAGGGGAGGAUGUGUUUGCCUGCUAUGCUGUUGCAUCCGGUCAAGCAGGUGGAUUUGGUUUAUGAGCACCAGGUUGGGGAGUGA